UAGCAGAGCCGAAGCGCCAAGGGGCCUGGCGCCUAAUGGCCGCCCGCAAUCAGGGGACCCUCGCGGCGCGUCCACACCUUGGGUUCGCCCGGCGAGCCGAGAGCGCGGCCGCGGUGUUGGGUUUCUGUGGCGACCUCGCAACCAAGGGCUGGGAGUAAGCGACUGGGCAGAGGAGGGCGUCCCUCCCGGCACCAGGAAAAACCAGCAGAAGAGAAGGAGUGCAACGAUGAAGACGGGCAGCUCGGCCUACGGGUGGGAAACUGAGGCUCAAUUGUGGCAGGGACUGCCCAAGGUCAGCGACAGACACUAAGAUUCAUGGCCCUGGACAUCGUCCCCGAUUCUUUUUCCAAGAGAGAGGGUUAAAUUAGGUCUACGUGGGUGUGUCUCACCCUCUUUCAGGCCCUUGGCUCGGGCGUCACCUGUGCCGCACUGCGCUCGCGGUGCCUUGGGGCGUGAGCUCCUGCAGGGUCGUUGUGACCCGCAUCCCCCGCUCGGCCCACGCUCUCUCCGGGGGACCGCAGGGCGGCUCCAAUGAUGAUCUCACUAUGCGGACCAUUAGCAACACACGCAAGCAUUGACACUUUAUCCUCUGUGUAGUAGCCUUUUGCAUUUCUGUAGGUUUGACUUCUGAUGGCUCUGGCCUGCGUUCCAGGAUGUUUUCUUCUUGGGACCAGACAUGAACAAAGUUGACCUCAUGAACACUUCAACCUCUCCAGCUGCCAUGCUCCUCCGGAGGCUGCGGCGACUCUCCUGGGGCAGCACCGCUGUCCAGCUCUUCAUCCUAACGGUGGUGACAUUUGGCCUGCUGGCCCCCCUGGCCUGUCACCGACUUCUACACUCUUACUUCUAUCUGCGCCAUUGGCAUCUGAACCAAAUGAGCCAAGAGUUCCUGCAGCAAAGCUUGAAAGAGGGCGAGGCUGCCCUCCACUAUUUUGAGGAGCUUCCCUCUGCCAAUGGCUCAGUGCCCAUUGUCUGGCAGGCCACCCCCCGGCCGUGGCUGGUGAUCACCAUCAUCACUGUGGACAGGCAGCCUGGCUUCCACUAUGUCUUGCAGGUGGUGUCCCAGUUCCACCGUCUUCUUCAGCAGUGUGGCCCCCAGUGUGAGGGGCACCAGCUCUUCCUGUGCAACGUGGAGCGUAGUGUGAGCCAUUUGGAUGCCAAGUUGCUCUCCAAGUACGUCCCUGUAGCCAAUCGCUAUGAGGGCACUGAGGAUGAUUAUGGUGAUGACCCUUCGACCAACUCAUUUGAGAAAGAGAAGCAGGACUAUGUCUAUUGCCUGGAGUCAUCCCUGCAGACCUACAACCCAGACUACGUCCUGAUGGUAGAAGACGAUGCUGUUCCGGAAGAGCAGAUCUUCCCAGUCUUGGAGCACCUUCUGCGGGCUCGCUUCUCUGAGCCACAUCUCAGAGAUGCCCUUUAUCUCAAGCUCUAUCACCCCGAGAGGCUCCAGCACUACAUCAACCCAGAGCCCAUGCGGAUCCUGGAGUGGGUUGGUGUGGGCAUGUUGCUGGGGCCCUUACUAACCUGGAUAUACAUGAGGUUUGCCAGCCGCCCAGGGUUUAGCUGGCCUGUAGUGCUCUUCUUCUCCCUGUAUAGCAUGGGUCUAGUGGAGCUGGUGGGUCGGCACUAUUUCCUGGAACUGCGGCGGCUGAGUCCUUCCCUGUACAGCGUGGUUCCUGCCUCUCAGUGUUGCACCCCAGCCAUGCUCUUCCCUGCCCCUGCCGCCCGCCGGACCCUCACCUACCUGUCCCAAGUAUACUGCCACAAGGGUUUUGGCAAGGAUAUGGCACUAUACUCACUGUUGAGGGCCAAGGGAGAGAGGGCCUACGUAGUGGAGCCCAACCUUGUGAAACACAUCGGGCUCUUCUCCAGUCUCCGGUACAACUUUCAUCCCAGUCUCCUCUAGGGUGCCAAGAAAUGCCUUUCUGAAGUUGGCCACUUCUUGAAGAUUCAAAUAUCGAUCUCUUUAUUUAGACAUGGUUGCCUGCAGGUAUUUCACUGUUUACUGUUGCUAGAGAUAUAGGCACUGGGGCAGCUGAGGACCAUCAGUAAGACAACAGCCUUGGCUUUGGUAGCCUCCUGGCAGGAGCAGCAGUUUGCCACAGGUCCGGACCUCUCCCUCCACACAGCCACACUGCCUCAUGCAGUCUGACCCACCCAGUGAGGGUGCAUUUGAACACUGGUUAUAUUCUCCAUUUGUUUUUAAGCUCUUCUUUGUGAUAGAGCUUGUGACUGCCAAAAAUCUUGCGCACAGUGAUAUGACUGUUUUAGGAUCUGAAGGGUAGAAUUGUGUGAAAGGUGAGAUCCUUUGGAAUUGAGUUCUUUCUCAUUAGGUAUGAAAAAUGGAUGUAUGUUUAGAAUAUAUGCCCAGUGAGGCAGGACCAUGUGGAUAGAUUCCAUUUGUUUCCUUGACGUGGUGUAAUAAAAACUGAUAAAAGCCGUGCAGUGCCCGGCAUCUUGGAGGCAGGUGAUCUGGCUUUUCUGUUACCUGGCAUUUUCUUUGCCUAUAUGUCUGUUAUACACUGAUAAUUAAUAUUGUUAGUGAGAACAUGAAGGCAUGACAAGAUCUGGAAGAGCUUCUGAACCAUUAAAGUCCGGUUGCUUAUGUUGAGUAGUGCUUUAACAUUGAAUAUUUCUGUACUACUCUGACUCUUUGAAAACUAGACAUUUCAGAACGAUAUAGUAUGGGAGAGCUGUUUACAAGCAGCAUAUCGUUUUUCCUGACUUUGCUGGCUGACUGCUUACUCGCAUUUCUAUUUCUUCUAGAUAGCAUGAUGUUAUAG